GAACACGUCAUCAUGUCAGUGGGGAAUCACAGCUUUGUGACUGGGUUUGUCAUCGUUGGGUUCCCGGGACUUCAGCCGGAGUUCUACGGCCUUGCCUCAACUGUAUUAUUCCUCGUUUAUUGCUGCAUUUUAACAGGAAAUGUUGUUGUUAUUAUCUUGUUUGCAACUCAUAACGUUCUCCAUAAACCAAUGUAUUUUAUCAUUUUGAAUCUGGUUGUGUCCGACGUACUAUUCAGCACCACCACUUUACCAAAGAUUAUUGCCAGAUAUUGGUUUCAGGCGGGAGCAAUUUCUUUCUUUGGUUGUUUUUUGCAAAUGUACUUAGUUCACUAUUUUGGAUCCGUAACUAGCUUUCUCCUAUUGAUAAUGGCUUUAGACCGAUACGUGUCAAUCUGUUUCCCGCUCAGAUACCCAAUGAUUAUCAACAACUCCAGUAUUCAUAUACUCAAUGUCACUGCGUGGGUGCUUGCACACCUUCCCUCUCUUUCAAUGGUAAUUAGGGCCUAUCCUCUUCCUUACUGUGACUCAAACAAAAUCAUGCAGUGCUACUGUGAUCAUAUCGCUAUAACAAUGCUUGCAUGCACUGAUAGGGCCCCUUACAGUUUUCCUGCUUUUGUUGUAGCAAUGGUGGCAUUACUGGGACCUCUUGCUUUUAUUAUAUUCUCAUAUUGCUCUAUUAUUGUGGCAGUUCUUCAGAUUGCGAGCACCCAAGGCCGCCUCAAAACCCUUUCUACCUGCAGUGGUCAGCUGAUCAUCAUUGCCCUGUAUUAUCUCCCCAGGUGUUUUAUUUAUCUGUCCAGUAAUAUCGGCAUUAUAUUCAGCACUGAUUUACGUAUUGUUAUUAUCAUGUUGUAUAGCCUGCUCCCUCCCCUGAUCAAUCCACUGAUAUACUGUCUAAGAACUGAUGAAAUAAAACAGAUCAUGAUCAAGCGAUUUAGAUCAAUACAAGUGCACGUUAGAUAAGAGCGCAUAGGACUAAUAUAUUAUGUCUUCAAUCAAAUAAAAAUACUAUACUGUAUAUUCGUACAUGUGUGCUUUAGAAGUGUUGCAUUGCUGAUUUCCAUGGCCUAACUAUGUGUAUAAAGACAAGGGGUUUAGCUUCCAAAACAAACAGCUUGUUGUUAUUGUUUCAUCAUCACACAAUCAACCGUUAUUCCAGCUGAAGUUCUCUACACUUAGAAAAAAGGUGCUGUCUAGAACCUAAAAUGAUAAUUUGACUAUCCUCAUAGGAUUAUUCUUUGAAGAACCCUUUUGGGUUCCAUGUAGGACCCUUUCCACAGAGGGUUCUAAAUGGACCCCAAAAUGGUUCUACGUGGAAACCAAAAGAGUUCUAUCUGGAAGCAAAAAGGGGUUCUGCUAUGGGGAUAGCAGAAGAAUCCUUUCGUAACCCUUUUUUCAAAGAAUGUAGGUAGGGUGUGUGCUCUGCUUACUGUCAUGAUUUUCGUGCAGAUGUAUUAUUUAAAACAAUGUUGGAUGCAUCAAACAAGAGAAAACAUUUUGGGUACAAUAAC